CUGAAAGCAGUUUAAAUGAGAAUGUCCCUGGCGCAAAGAGUGCUGCUGACAUGGCUUUUUACCUUACUCUUCCUGAUCAUGCUGGUGCUGAAGCUGGAUGAGAAAGCACCGUGGAACUGGUUCCUCAUUUUCAUUCCUGUCUGGAUAUUUGACACUAUUCUUCUAGUUAUGUUAAUUGUGAAAAUGGCUGGACGUUGCAAGUCUGGCUUCGACCCUCGCAACGGCUCCCAGAACAUGAAGAAGAAGGCCUGGUAUCUCCUGGCCAUGCUGCUGAAGUUAGCCUUCUGCCUCGCCCUCUGUGCUAAACUGCAGCGGUUCACUGCCAUGAAACUGGCCUAUGUAUUCAUCCCUUUGUGGGCCUUGCUCAUCGGGGGCAUGGUUGAACUUGGGUACAAUAUCUUCUAUGUACGAAGAGACUGA